AUGGUUGAGCCAUUGAAUGAUAGUUUCAACAAUGGGGCAAAUCCCUAUUACUUGCAUCAGUCUGACAAUCCUGACAUGAUAUUGAUGAGUCAGUUGCUUUCCAAUGAUAAUUUUCAUAGCUGGAAAAGGUCAAUGAUGCUUGCCUUAUCUACCAAGAACAAGCUUGGAUUUGUUGAUGGUUCAAUUCAAGCUCCUGAUCCUUCUAUGGUAAACCAGUUCAACGCCUGUACAAGAGCCAAUAAUUUGGUCAAUUCUUGGCUUAUCAAUUCAGUCUCCAAAGACAUUGCUACAAGUUUGCUGUAUCACACAACUGCUGCUGAGAUAUGGAAAGAUUUGGUUGAUCGUUUCCAGCAGGCAAAUGGACCACGUUUAUUUCACUUAAAGAAACGUUUAUGCGAGCUCGUGCAAGAUAAAUUGUCUUUAUGCAGUUGCCUCCAAUGUAAUUGUGGAGGACUGCAACACAUGAUUGCUAAACAACAACAAGAACAAGUAAUUCAAUUCUUAAUGGGGUUAAAUGAGUCUUAUGCUCAUAUAAGGGGACAAAUUCUUUUAAUGGAUCCCCUUCCUCCCAUUUCAAAAGUUUUCUCUUUGAUUGUUCAAGAAGAGAAUCAACGAAAUAUACAAUCUUCUCAUCCUAUUUCCGAGCCAACCUUUGCUGUUAAGUCUCAUCCUGGCACUAAUACUCGCAAAAAUAGACCCUUGUGCAUCCAUUGUAACAUUCUUGGCCAUACAAAAGACAGGUGUUACAAACUGAUCGGUUAUCCACCUGGUUACAAUUCCAAGAAUUGGUCCCCUUCGACUUCUUCACGUGGUAAGAGUUCUCAAGCCAUUCAUACCAACUCUGUUGUAUCUCAGCAAAGCUCUCCUGCUGUCACUGAAGCCUUUACUCCUUAG